AUGGGAAAGAUUGAUAGAGUUUUGGUUAAUUUAGAGUGGAUUUACCAAUUCCAAGACUCUGUGGCUGAAUUUCUAAAUCCUGGGGUGUCUGAUCAUAGCCCUAGUGUAGUUACUUUCUUUGAAGGCCGAGCCCAUGGUCCCCCUCCCUUCAGGUUUUGUAAUUAUCUUGCUGAUGAUGAUGAUUUCUUGAGGAUUGCUGAUUCUGUUUGGAAAGAACCAGUUAAAGGUAAUCCAAUGGUUGUUCUUGUUACUGAACUUAAGAAAACCAAAAAUAGGUUAAGUGAAUGGAGGAAAGAAAAAUUCUCUAAGUUAACUGAGAAGACUGUGGAGGAUAAAAAGGUCAUGUUGAAUCUUCAAACUUCUCUCCAGGAAAGACCUUUGUGUGUUGACAUUGCUAGACAGGAAAGACAAGCUGUGCAUACUUAUAUUAAACUGUGUAGAUGUGAUGAGUCCUUGGACCAACAAAAAUAUAAAGUCAAGUGGAUGGAAUCUGGUGAUUCAAAUGUGAAGUUUUUCUAUAAUUCCAUUAGAGAAAGAAAGUCUAGAAACAAUAUCUUGAUUCUUCAUGCUAGGUCUGGAGAAAAGUUGGAGGAUGACAAGUUAAUUGAUAGGGAGUGUGUUGAUUUUUAUGAAUAUCUUUUUAACCCUAAGGAAAGUGAAGUGAAUACCUCUGAUAUCUUUGGGUCUUUACAGUUUGAGAAUCUUCUUCAGCAAGAGGAUUGUGAACAACUUAUGGUACCUGUUACUAGGGAUGAAGUUGUAUGGGCUCUUUCUUCAAUUCAUUUUAGUAAAUCUCCUAUCCCUGAUGGGUUCUCUAGUUAA